AUGUUUCGAAGUGAAGAUGUAAGCAUGGUAAGACUCUACAUCUCACCAGAUAUAGCCAGGAAUGUAAUAGAAGAACUAGGACAAAGGGAUAUCCUGCACUUAAUUGAGACAAAACAAAAACCCACAGAGAAGUCACAGCACGCCCUCGAUAUGGAAAGAAUCCUAGCCAGAAUCGCAUUUCUCUCAAAUAAACUCACAGAAAGCAAAGUCACAUACAUAAAGGGCACUAAUAUACCACCCUUAAGCACAACCAUAGAAGCACUUUCAAAGUCAAUUGAGAAGCACUAUUACAGAAUAGCACAAUUAUCACAGAUCAUGAAAGACACAAAAGAAUCAAUUGAGAAAUUAGAAGAAGACGUAUUAGUACUACAAGAUAUAAAUAGACUAACAACAGAAGGAUUUAAAGACCUGGAAUUUGAAUCAAAUAAGAUCAGAGUAGGCCUAGAAUACGUAGCAGGCGUAAUCUCAAAAGACCAAAUAUUCACAUUAGAAGCCUUCUUAUGGAAAUCACUCCAUGGGAACUUGUGCUUUGUCUCAGUGGAAAUGACUGAUCCACAUAAAAUGGGUUUUAUUUGCUUCACUCAUGGGGAAAGAGCAAUUGAAAGAGUCAGAAAUAUUUGCACUAGAAUUAGUGCCAGAAUCAUAACAUACGACAGCCCAGGGACACAGCAGAAACAGAAUGACCUAUUAAAUGUAUCUGAGAACCUGUCACACCUGACUAAACUCCAUAAAAUCAACGAAGAUGCAUUUUCAACGGAAAUUAAAACAGUCUCCAGAUCAAUUGUAGAGUGGAAAUAUUACAUAAUCAGGGAGAUAGAGAUAGAAAUAGCCUUAUCCAAACUAUCCAUAACACAAGAUAAAGCAUAUCUAACAGGAGAAGGCUUCAUUCUCACAAGAAAUGAGAUAAGAUUUGGACAACUCAUAAAGAAGAUCAGUGAAACACAUGGAGAUGCUGCAGCAGAGAUAAUCUCAGAUGAAAAUACAAUUAAACCCACAUACUUUGAUACUAACCCAAUCACACAGUGCUUUCAAGACCUGACUAACGUAUACAGUACACCUGCCUAUAAGGAAAUUAACCCAACAAUCCUCUCAAUCACCACAUUCCCAUUCUUAUUUGGGGCAAUGUUUGGUGAUGUAGGACACGGUAUAAUAUUCAUGGGAAUUGGAAUAUUCUUUAUACGUUGGAAUAAAACCAGUAAUAUGCCAGAUAUGAUUAGUCUAUUAUACAAUGCCAGAUACGUUCUUGUUAUAAUGGGCAUAUGGGCCGUAUACUUUGGCUUCUUAUAUGGGGACUGCAUGGGAUAUGCAUUUGGUCAGGAAUUAUCAGCAUAUAAGGGGAGUACUAAGAUGGGUAACUGUAUCUUUGGAAUUGAUCACAGCUGGCACCUGGCCAGUAAUAGUUCUGUCUUCAUAAAUUCCCUCAAGAUGAAAAUGAGCAUAGUCCUGGGGUUUAUACAUAUUACAGCAGGAAUGUGCCUAGGUCUAAUUAACUCCAUAUAUAAACAGGAUAAUAUUUCCAUUAUAUGCACCCGUAUACCACAGUUCGUUAUAUUUAUGGGACUAAUUGGAUAUAUGGUAUUCCUGAUUAUUUUGAAAUGGUGCACAGGUGGUGAUCAUUGGCCUGGUAUUAUUUCGAUACUAAUUGAUAUGUCUUCAUUUAAGGCACCUGCUGUACCCGUGUACAUGUACCAGAAUAUUAUUGAGAAAUUCAUUAUGAUUAGUGUAUUUAUAUCUGGGCCUAUUAUGCUACUGGGUGAACCCGUAUACAGGACCAUUUAUAAAAAUAUUCCGAAGGGAAGUACGUUGGCUGAUGUCUGGUUGCACUCAUUAAUUGAAGGAAUUGAAUUUACAAUGGGUUUGAUAUCAAAUAUAUCAUCAUAUCUGCGGUUAUGGGCUGUCUCAUUGGCACAUGCUGAACUUAGUGCUAUUUUAUACAGUAAGACACUCGGUAACACAGAUCUAGGUAUAAUUGCAUGGUGCCUUGGGAGUGUAAUAUGGGGAUGUGCCACAAUUAUGCUGCUAAUUGGCUUGGAGGGACUUAGUGCCACACUGCACAGCCUCAGGCUGCACUGGGUAGAAUUUGGAUCAAAGUUCUUCAAGGGAGACGGCGUAUUAUUCACGCCCUUCACGUUCAGGCCAGGAACACUCCUAAACCCAGACAGAGUACCAGGUGGUGAGGAGUAA